AUCAACUGAGUGCCUUCUUAUAAUGUUUAUUUUGUAACUGAUAUGCUGUAGAAGAAUUUUUAAUCCGAAAUGUCAGUUCAAAAUGGAACCUAAAACUAAGAGAAGAAAAUUGGAAGAUUUUAAUAUUAUCAAAAGAGACGAUCUAAAUAUCUCCAGUAAAACAAUCUUUACAGUAGACAAGUGCAGAGAACUGUUCUGCAACCUAGAGAAGGAACUGGAGUAUCUAACUGGAGAUCUGGCUACCGUUAAAGUCUUCGGGAAGGUUUAUGAUAUACCCAGGAAACAAGCAGCAUAUGGAGAUGAUGGUGUAAAGUAUAGAUAUAGUGGAACUACAAUUCCAGCCAAACCGUGGACUGAAACUCUUAGUUUUCUGAGGGAUAAGAUAGAGGAACACACUGGUAUUCUUUACAACUUUGUUUUAGUGUAA